AGGAUAUCCAAUCCUGUUCAAGUGAACUACUAUGUGUGCAAUGGCAAGAGGAAAAGGAGCCAGUACCAGCACUUCACCUACAUGUCUGCCAAUGGUAAACUCUCUUUCAUUCUGUCUGUCACCUUCUCUCUCUCUCUCUCUCUCUCUCUCUCUCUCUCUCUCUCUCUCUCUCUCUCUCUCUCUCUCUCUCUCUCUCUCUCUCUCUCUCUCUCUCUCUCUCUCUCGCUCUCUCUCUCUCUUUUUCUACCCAUCACCCUAUCCCCUACUCCUCUUUUGUCUAUCCUUGUCCUUUCAUAUCCCAGACCAAUAAGAAAACUUUAAGCACAAUUUUUACAUCUGAAGAAAAGAACACAAACAUUCUGUAUUCCGUCUUUGGUGGUUUUCAAGUGAGGAACAAAGCGAUGGUUUGAGUUAUUCCCAUUGUAAAAAGGGAUCUCCAUAAAAUAUAUUAUUUUCCAUACCUGCAGCUAUAAGAACAUUUGGAGUGGACUGCACCAGGGUGGAGAAGGGGUACUGGAACGCUGUGUUAUUUGAAUAGCCAAACUGUUGCCAGACUAAAUGAAAAACGCCACACCAGCUCAAAUGUUAAAAAAUAAAUAAACACUUCUAAUUGCAGCCGUCUUGGAGCUAGCUAGCAUCCAGUGGGUGGUUCAAAGCUCUGAUUCAACUGCGGUCCCAGUCCUGUAUGUGGGCGCUGACGUGCCUCAGUCGCUUUCCCCUCUGAAAGUGCAGCAUUGUCCUCAGCCUCUGGUGAGAGUCAGACAGGGGGGAGAGAGGGGACACUGGGCCUUGUCAGUGUCUCUUAAAGGGUUAGACUCGAGUCUCUUCAUUAAACAAGCUGUCUGGACAGUGUGGUAUGUGAAGUCAUGUCACACACUCUAGUAGUCUACACAUUAGGUCCAGACCAGACACCUAAAACUACAGUAAAAUAAGAUUUUAUAUCCCUCCCAAAAAUAUGUGGAUUAAGCCUACACCUAUUGAGAUGGAAAUGAUUGUCGCUUAGAAUUUUUACUUUUUACUUGCAUAUAUCCAUAAAAUCUGCAGAAGUAAAAAACAUUUCUGUUACAGUACGUUUUCCCAGGCUUUUCUAACAGUAGGCCUACAGUACUGUUAAAUCACAGAUUUGUAUUGCGGAAAUGCUAAGGCACACUCUCAGGUUUUGUGGUAACACAAACAUUUGCACUCAUCCUACUCAUCUGUGUGUUGUGUGUCUGCGCAUUAGUCUAUCCUGUCGCUGACAGACACACUUUCUCCUAUUGGGUCUAAAAUAGAAGCGGUUUGCUAUUUUAAACCUGCUGUUGGCAUGACUCGUAUCAUCAGAAUUCGCCUUGUUCACUUGACAGCGGGCUCAGCAAGGCUGGGUGUUGCAGGAUGUAGCUCGGUUUCACUCGUUUUAGGUGUGCAAAACGAGUUUUGUAUUUGAUGCACGAUCAUAAAUCUCAGGUUCAAACCGAUGCUAACGGUCGGUUGUCAGUGGACUGCGGCAUCAGCCGUUAAACGAGAUUGACCGAGAAUCAUACAGGAGGAGAUGUAAUGUUCAACACGUGUGGAUCUUGUUGAAAUGUAAUGUUCAACAUUUGGUAGUGGUUUGGUAAUGGUAGCCAAGUGCUGGGAACUGGGAACAAGACAGUGGAGAGAGGGCCUGGCCCUUCUGAACUCAACCAUGGUCUCCACAAGCAUAAUCAUUGCAAUCUUCAAAGCAUUUUGCAGCCACCAUUUUGUUUCACUACUGAGCCACGUCUUGAAAUAUUGGGGUUUGAAGGAGCAAUAUAUAGCAUAUUGGGUAAAACUGUUUUUUGUGUGUGUUUUUUUGAGAGAGAAGUAAUUUAUUUCAAGUUGUAGAUCUCAUUUGGGUACAGUAUGAAACUUCUGCAGCAGCAACAUAUUUCAUAAUGCACAUUUAUAGGAUAUUAUUGUCGGGGUCUGAUCCAAAGGAAAUAGGCCUUUUUAUUAUAGAACCAGCUGGAUGUCUCUUGUGGUGAUGAUUCAACCCUUUUGUCUCUCCCUUUUUUCAUUUUUGAAUAUUUUCAGCAGGGUGGAAAAGCUUAGGCCUAGACACAGAGUCUCAUUGAUGAGAGUGUUUGUUUGGCUGUGGGUAUCCUAGCCACAAACCCACUCACUCACUCACUCACUCACUUAUUCACUGACACUUGCUCACUCUUUCACCCGCUCACACUCGACAGGAGAUCGAACCGUAUGUUUAUUCAUUUUUUAUCAUUUUCCUCUCCUUUCUCUCCUUCUUUCAGUUCCAAUGAUAAAAACGGAGCCGAAUGAUGACUACAACCCCCCUCAGGUGUGUCCCCAGCGUGGCCCUGGCCUGGUGCUUCACCCCAAGCCCUACUACACCCCCCCACAGGUCAUGACCUCCAUUAUACCCACAGAACUCCGGCCGUGUGUGGGGGACGCCUACUCUACUUGCCAACAGAGACUGGGAGGGAAGCCUUCCUCACUGUCCUCCUCAUCCUCCCCCAGCACCAGUCCCAAACUGCAUGACCUAUCACCCACCACACCCUUCUCCAAGUGCCUGUCAGCAGACCCAUCCCACUCUCCGAUCCCACAUGUCUCCAUCAUCCAGGAGACUCCUGGAUGCUACCAGCCGCAAUCUGUCCUCUACCCGCCCAGUAGUGCCUCGUCCUCCCCAGGCUCGCAGCCCUCCACUCCUGGCACCAGCGGCCUGGAAGCCCCGUUCUCCCCCACGCCGCCCCAGCCCAUCAGUGGCAGCUCCAGCCCAGUGUCCCAACAGCUCCCCAAAGUGCCAGAGAGAGGCGGCCGCUCCUUGAGCCCCACGCUGGCCAUUAACAUCAAACAGGAGCCACAGGAACUGGACCAGAUGUACCUAGAUGAU